AUGCAAAAGUUUAUGGUUCUGUCAUUUGUAGUCCUUGUAAGUUAUAUUUUAUUUCUAAUCAGUAUUACGUUCUUCAAAUAAUUAUGUGCCCUCUAACUUUAAAAAUUUGCUUUGAGAAAGAGCACAGAAUUAUUUGAACAACCCAAUAGUUAUGCAUAGUUUGUUCAUGUUUAGACGUUAUAUUUAGUGUGUUUUGUAUGAUGACAUGUAUAACAAAGUUGUAAUGUCAUACACGACAAACCUACUGUAAUUUCAUUCUUAAGCUUCUUUGUGGCAAUGUUGUUGGUCAAACGUGCCAACCGCACAGUCAUUACAGCGAUUGUGGUAGUCCUUGUCCUCUUACUUGUCAAAUUGUGGUGAGUGGUCCAUACCAUACUGCUUGUCCUACAUACUGUAAAGAAGGCUGUGUUUGUGACCAAGGUUAUGCUCUGUACAAUGGCAGAUGUGUUCGUAUUAAGAGAUGUUACAAAUUGGGUAUGUUGUCAAGUAAAUUGUUUGAGAACAAGGUAGAGUAUCGACUUGUAUUUUACUAAUUACAAUUUUAUUUUUUAUAUUUGGUACAACUUACAUUGUUAAUUUUAAAUUUAAAAAUUGUUUUUAUUACUCGAUGAAUUAAACAAACUAUUUCAGUUCACUAA